AUGGCAACUUUAUCUUCUCCUCGCGACAUCAUUCUCCUACUACUUUCCUUCUUCCUCUUCCCAUUCAUCAUCCAUGGCGCCAAGGAGAAUCACAAGCACUACACCCUGAUCCAAAAGACCUGCAAAAUUAUCAACACGGAAUUGAACUACUUAGACUACGACUUCUGCAUCUCCGCCCUGCAGGCGAGGCCGGCCAAGGAAUGCGCGACGCUACGCGACAUAGGGAUGACGUGCAUCAACCUGGUGAUGAACAACGUGACGGACACGAGGCGCCACAUCCGGGGUGUGAUGAACAGCGGGAAGGUGCAGCACUGGGUGAGGCGGUGCGUGGAUGAGUGCUACGACCUCUACGACCUUGCCGUCGACCGAAUGGGGGACGCGUUGAAGGCUUUCAAGCAUAAGGAAUACAUGGAGGCCGAGGAUGAAUUUAGCAUGGUCGACAAUUCUAUGCAAUUAGUGGAGGAGCUGUUUAAGGUGGGCAGCCGAGACUCGCCAGCCGGCGGCUGCGGCGGGGGAGUCUCGCCGUUUUCGGCGAGGAACAAUGACACUACCCAGUUGUGUGGGAUGGGGAUGUUGGUCAUGAAUUGCUUAAGGAAGGGAAACUGCAUUGAUUGA